CGCGGCCGGCACAGCAACUCGGGCGGUGGCAGGAUCGGCUCCCUGCAACCGAAAUGCACCUCACAAGGCGGCGCCGACAACUCUUAGCUCUUCUUUCUGUCGAAGCUGUCAACACUCUCCACCAUCAGCAGCACCGCUACUACUACAACAACCACAACUACGACAACGACGAGAGGCACGGAGGCGACAGCGACUGGAACGACGACAGCAGCGUCGCGGACGAGCGGCAGGGGAUCAGCGGACACCACCCCGGCGCGCUGUUGACAACCACGCCACGUCGUGAAGUCGUCGUCAGACAAUGCCCCUGGCCUGUACGGCGCCACCUAUUCUCCCAGCGACGAAGACGACAAACGGAACAAGAGCGACAUCGAGAGCGAUCGAGCAGCUGCAGGGGCGCCGGAGCCACGUCAGAAAUUCAGCAGCAGCAGCAGCAGCAGCAACAGCAGCGGCGGAAGCAGCGACAUCGGUCUCGGGAGAGCAAGCCGCGGCCCAGGGCGGUCCCAGUUCGAGCAUCGUCGCCGCCAUCCUCCUGUUCGUCCUGAUACUGCCGGCGGCACCCGACCCGGCGGCGGCGGCGGUGGCGGCGGGCGCGCACCACAACGCGACGACGCCGCUCUCGCUCCUGAACCCCUGGUUGUCAGCCUGUGAUAUCGCGGACCCGGCCACCGCGCCGGACCUCAGGGGCAGCUGCAGUGCGCGGGACGCGAUGCCCUCUCUCUCGGAUAAUAAUCACUACAGUAAUAAUUACUAUAGCGGAGUUAAUAAGCAGCGUAACAAUAAUAGUAGUAGUAAUUACGGUAGGGACACGGAGGCGGCGGCGGCGGCGGCGGAGGCCGAGAUGACGACGGGUCGGCUCUGCUGCGGCCGCACGCCGCUCGACGCGCUCAAGCCCGAGGCGCGCGCCGCCGCGCUGCGCGGCCCGGCCGCCGCCUGCCGCGCGCACCUGCGCGCCCUCGCGCGCCUCGACGCGCUCGCCGCCACGCUCGCCUGCAAGUUCGACGAGCUGCUGCGCCGCUACGACUGCGCGCAGGACUACUCCGUCAGCUUCGGCUGCGCCCACUGCCAGGUAGGCCGCAGCGUCGCGCGCGUCCCACGACGCGCCGCGCCGCGCCGCACACGCGCCAUCGAUCCACCGCGCCGCGACGCUACUCCACGUGGCGCCCGGCGAUCGCCGUUCCCGGAUCGGAGCGAGCGUCAUAACACGCGGUGCGACGCCUCGGGGCCCCCUCCGUCGAAACCCCCUACAAUCUGCCAAUCCAUUGAAGCCUCUCCUGGGCCAAGUGCCUUUGUCAUCCUGCAGACUAGACCGCAGCAGAUGGAGGGCGGUGUAGCCGGCAUUGUCUUAGGCAGCAUCCGCAGACGGUCGAAGAAAACUGCGAGUAGCGCCUGCGGCGGCUUCGGUAGGGGGGAGCCUGUCGAUUGGUCCGCGUCGUGGACGACGCCGACGCCGACGCCGUCACCGUCGCCGACGCCUCCUCCGUGUCACGACGUCGCCUGCGGCCGCUCAGACGUGACAGUGAGGGUGGCGGCGCCCUCGCCCGCACCUCUCCCCGCGAACCGCCAGUCGAUACUGACGGCGCGAGGGAGCUCUCCCUAG